AUGACGGGAAUCUUCAGUCUGUUCGGUCCACCAGAAGAGAUUGUGUCCGACAACGGUCCACAAUUUGUCGGGAAACCAUUCCAAGACAUGUGCAAGAAGUGGAAUAUCAAGCACAUCACAUCUUCACCGCACUAUCCAAGAUCCAACGGAUUAGCUGAGAGAAUGGUUCGUACAAUCAAGAAUCUGUUGACGAAGUGUUCUCAAACUAGCCAAGACAGUCAACUAGCCAUGAUGCACCUGAGAGCAACACCAGUUGACAAUAACUUGAGAUCACCAGCAGAGAUGUUGUUUGGAAGACCCAUCCGAACCACAUUGCCAAGUCACUAUCUUUCGAGAGAUUCUGCUGCCACCGAGUUUCUCUUGAAUAGGCAAGACAAAAUGAAGGAAGGCAUGAUCGACAUGCAAGUUCUGAUCUGCCACCACUGCAUGUAG